AUGAUUGUUGGAUGUGCAGGUGCUGGAAAAACUACUCUUCUAAAACGCCUACAGAGGUUAGGAAAAGAGGAAUUAAAACUGGUGCACUCGACUGUUGGACUAGAAGUUCAUGAAGAUUUGUUUGAAAUACGGUUUGACCUUUCCUUAGCAGCACUAUCAGAUGAUUCGACGAAUGACGAAAAACAGAUUUUGAGUGUCAUGGAUUUUGGAGGACAGUGUGCAUAUUACGCCUGUCAUCAAAUCUAUCUCAGCAGAAGAGCAUUUUACCUUCUAGUCAUAGACAUGUCCAAAUCAUUUAAAGAAAAGGUUGACGAAAGUCUCUGUGAACAACGAGGCACAAUGUUUGCAGAUUGGACAUACGGAGAGUAUGUUCUAUUCUGGUUAAAAUCAGUUCACACCUACUGUGCAGAAGAUACAUCAAUAAUUGUCGUGGCUACACACACUGAAAAUGCUACCCUAAAGGAUAAAGAGGAAUUUUACGGACAGCUCUUGGAUUUGAUACCUACUGAUUCCAAACUUAAGAAACAUUUUAAAUAUGAAAGAUGCUUCUUCGUCGGUUUCCAUAAUGACAACUCUGGAGAAUUAGAGCAUUUAUCUGAAUUAGAAAAUUGCAUUGUUUCUAUUGCCAAAGACAGAAGAUGGAAAGAAACCAUACCAGAAAAAUGGUCGAUAAUUGAAAUGGUAUUAAUUAAAUUCAAAAAUGAUUCAGAAAAAAUAGUGACGGUGGAGGAGUUGAUACGGAAAUAUUGGGUGCCUAAGAAAGAUGAAAAACAUGAAAAGGGAGAAGGAAUAAAAGUUGCUCUUCGCUUUUUUCAUGACAUUGGAACAAUUCUUUACUUUGAUGAGGAGAAACUUUCAGAUAAAAUAGUAGUUGACGUCCAAUGGUUUGUUGAUACAUUCAAAUUUAUAAUAUCGGACAAGAACCAUGUCAGAGAUUUGGCAGGCACUAACAAAGACUGGAACGAAUUUCAUAGGACUGGAUAUCUCAUUGACAGUUUUCUCUGUGAAAUUUGGAAAAGCUUGUCAAUAGAUUUAUGGUAUAAAUCGACCAUUCUGCAUUACAUGCAAAGACUAGGAUUGAUAGCCAUAGGGAAAAUCAAACACUACGUUCCAUGUAUGAAUAAAAGAGACUUUGGUAAAAAGGAACAGACGGCCUUGCGGAAGAUGGAAACAAAAUCUUCUGUGUUGGUGCUACAUUUCAACUUUCUACCAUUCUUUUUCUACUGUCGAUUAAUAGUUGCUUGCAUUGUGGGCACCAAAUGGGAGGCUGUAGAAGAUGGUGCACCAAGGUAUGAUUCAACCACUAUUUCUCAAGAUUUCAUUAAACUGGAAGAGGAUGGAAAACUUUCAGUGAAUAAUUAUGGGACAUUAAAGACAAUAUUAGAGAAUGUCGAUCAAAGAGCUUGUCAAAGAGUUGUGGAGUGUGAGGAAGAACUCUCGAAAUUAUUGUAA